CUGCCGAAGGUCGCCGAGUACGGCAAGAGCGAUGGCAGAGAAGCGAGCGAUGAUGCAUGGCCUCGAGUUCCUCAUCGCGACGGACGCGGAGCUGCACACGGAGCUCUCGGCCAUGUGCGACCUCCUCGACACGCUCCACGGGAGCGACAGCUCGUCUUCGUCGGCGACGGCCACGUCGCCCAUCGUCGAGGCCGCGCUUGACGACUUUGCGGCGCCGGCGCCGACCAAACGCAAGGCCGAGACCAACCUCGUCCGCGCCAAGAACAAGUUUCAGUUCAAGCAGCGCCAAGAGAUCUUGCAGCUGCGCACGGACGUGACCGCGCUCCAAGCGCGCCUGCGCGAGCUCAAGGCCAAGGGCGACGCCGCGCUGCCGCCGACGACGAUGUGGUCGACGAUCGCCAAGCAGGAGCUGCUUACCAAGACCGAGGCGCUGCAGGAAAACGCUCAUUUACGCAGCGAAGUCGACCGGCAAGUCACGUUUGUCGACGCGAUGCUAACGCUGCUCCGAAAACGUCCGAUGCUGCAGACGGACGUUCACAACAGCCACAUGGCCGACUGGAAGCAGUACAAGCUCGCGGCCGCCCAGCACCUCCGACUUGCCGCGAUCCACGCGAUUGCGGAUCGCGAGUACUCGCGGCAACAGACGGCCUACCUCAACGCCGGCCUGUACCCGGUCUCAGGUGUCCAAGACUACCGGGCCGAGGCGGUCACUGAGCCCAACGGCUCGGUCACGGCCAAGUUUAUCGUGCGCGACACAUACGAUGCGCCCAUGGAUCUUGUCGCGGAAGCGUUCUGGGACGUCUUCACCGGCGACAAGGUCGUGCCCGUGGCUGUCGGUGCCACCUACACCAUCGAGCGCAUUGACAAUGAUACAGUAUACCAAAAGUACCACGCGGCCGUCGGCGGCAUCCCGAUCCACCUCAACGUGAUCGCCAAGAUGAUUCGCGAGCCGUCGCGACGCCUUAUUGUGUGGCGGUCCGUGCUCGAAGACGCGCUCCAGCCGCAUCUGAGCGUCGGCGUCACCGGCGUGCAGUGGGGCUGGACGACCGUCGAGGUCGGCACGAACGGGCUCGUGGACUUUACGUUUCUCUGCCACGUCAACACGUGCCGUGCCGAAGACGAGCAUGAAGUGCGAGCCAAGAUGCGCGAGUUUCGCUUUUGCGAGAAGGACGCGGCGACCAACUUGCCGUGGGACGAAAUGCGUCGCAGCCCCAUGGAGGUCUUUAUGGAGCGAGGUCGACGCUGGGAGAUUACGUUUCGCGAGUCGAUCGCUGACCGCGUCCGCGCCUACCACGCCGCAAGACAGGCGAGUCAUGUGGCUGUGUAGUACUACUCGUGUUUGUGAUGGGGGCGAGACUAAUCACACGCCGCCUUGUUUGUAUCUUCUGU